GGAGAGCGGAUUCAGGUCAUUCUGGACCAGACCCCACAAAGGUCCAAUCGAUUUCAUACACGUACACGUCUUACAAUAAAGCAUCCCCUAUCAUAGCCCAACCGACGAGUAUCUGACUCCCAAGUUUAUUGUCUUAAUUUCUUCUUAAUAUCAUAAUCAACUUUUUAAUCUUUUCUCUCCCACUUGCUGGCUCACUCACUGUCAAGACUCUCACAAAGCUCACUCUCUCUUUCACGGGCUUGUGAUUUCCGAUUCAGUUCAGCAAGAAAGCAGAGCAAAGAUGGGCUCUGUUUCGCUGAAAAUAGGUGAUGGAACAGCAAGAUUCAAGAGGGCUUCUCUGUGCUCCUCGGCAGUGAAUGUGCUGAUGCUUUUUUCUGUAAUCACUACCAAUCUUUUUGCUUUGUAUGCUUUCACUUACUCCCCUAAGGACCCUCUGACCAACCACUCAAUUCACCAUACUCAAAAGAACAUAUCUUUGAUAUCCGAACAAGUCUCCUUGAUCCUCAGGGAGAUUGAAUCUUCUCAAAAGAAGCUCGCCCAGAUGGAAAAGGAGCUCUUAGGUUAUGAAAGCAUCGAUCUUUCCAGACCCAAUACUGCAAAUGAGCUAAAAGCUUUCUUGCAGCACCAUUUGCUGCCUCUGGGAAAAGAUUCAAGAACUGGGAUCACUGAAAUGGUAGCUUCUGUGGGGCAUUCUUGCGAGAAAUCUGUGGAUUUGCUGUCUCAGUACAUGAAUUAUAAGGUCAGUGGACCUUGUCCUGAUGAUUGGAGUCUUGGCCAAAAGCUGAUUUUGCGGGGAUGUGAGCCAUUGCCUAGGAGGAGGUGCUUUGCUAAGACUAUUCCUAAGGUGGGUCUCCAACCUUUUCCUAUUUCACUUUGGAAAAGUGUUAGUGAAAAGGUUUACAGUUGGAGUGGUCUUACUUGCAAGAAUUUAGCUUGUUUGAAUAGCAAGAAGUUGAAUAGGGAUUGUGCUGGUUGUUUUGAUAUCGUAAAUGGUUAUGAAACUCAAAAGUAUAUUAAGGCAAGAGGCAAAAAUGAUUUCCUUAUUGAUGAUGUAUUAGCCUUGGGGAGUGGUGGUAUUAGAAUUGGAUUUGAUAUUGGUGGAGGUUCUGGGACUUUUGCUGCUAGAAUGGCUGAAAGGAACGUGACUGUAGUUACUGCCACUUUGAAUAUUGAUGCACCAUUUAAUGAAUUCAUUGCUGCAAGAGGGCUCUUUCCUGUGUUCUUGAGUUUAGAUCAUAGGUUCCCUUUCUAUGAUAAUGUGUUCGAUUUGAUUCAUGCUGCGAAUGGAUUGGAUGUUGGGGGCCGCCCUGAGAAGUUGGAGUUCUUGAUGUUUGACAUUGAUAGAAUACUGAGAGCCGGCGGAUUGCUUUGGUUGGAUAACUUUUACUGCUCUAAUGAUGACAAGAAAACAGCUUUAACUCGGAUAAUUGAACAAUUCGGCUACAAGAAGCUUAAAUGGGUAGUGGGAGAGAAGAUCAAUGGAUCAGGAAAAGCAGAAGUUUACCUCUCUGCUGUUCUUCAGAAACCAGUAAGGGUACAAUGAAUUAGGACUGGUCCCUGCAUAUUAAGAGCACAACCUGAGGCUUAUAUCUGGAUGAACUUGCAAUGUGGGUCACUAAGGUGCUUCCAGUGAACUUUUUUAUCUCACUGAUAAGCCCAGUUGUUGAAUGCUUUUGGUGGGUGUUGGCUUCUGACCGUCAAAAGAUUCUGCUUGAUUUCUUCAAUCACCUAUUUAAGGGCUUUUGCUGCAUAAGUGCUCGAGGCAUUUCAUUGAGAUACAAAAUGGUCCUCAAAUGCUGUUUAUGCUUUUCAAUGUUCAGGACUUUGUGCUCGUUGUUUCUGGAUCAUUGCCUUUUGUUAAGCUUUUUAUUGUGUUUGGUU